AUGGAUGGACCGAUUCCGGUCCAUGGUGCUACAGCUUCGCUUUCGGCCUCGACGACGCCCACGGCUCGAGCGCUCGAUCAGGAUGACGAAGCGAGGCGAUCGGAUACUAUGGGCGUGUCAAAUACAAUUACGAGGGAGGAACCUAGACGGUUCGCACCUUUACCUAAACGGCAGAGACUACAACGGGUACAGUCCAGUAGGGACGAGGACGGUGAUCAUACGUUAUCGACGAGCACGGCGAGAUCGGCUCCUCCGCGAACGAUGACGAUGACCACGACGGGCAAAACUCGGGCUGCUUCCGUCCCUUCGUCGAAAUCGGCCAGUACGCUGAUCAAACCUCAAGAUCUCGAAGUCGAGGACGAGCAAUGGGACGAACACGUCGAGACGAAUCGCAUGAUGGAACAAUCCAGUCUGACCACGAGGAACCAAGAAGCGCACCAAGCUCUACUCGAAUAUCGCUCGAACGACCACGAGCAUGGCGAGGACGAUCAGGGGAGGACAAGUAAUCACCCUACAUCAAGUAGGAAGCCACCGUUGGUCUCAUCUUUGUCUAAAUUCUCAGUCACAUCGUCGUCUUCGUCAUCAGAUGGGUAUCGAUUGGGGGAGAGCACGUCUUCGGGACAGACAUUUCGAGGGAACACGUCGUCGUCGCCUAGGUUGGGGUCGGCGGAGGGGUAUGACGAAGCAGCGGAUCUGGACGACCGUAGGGUCGUAUCUUCUUCUUCGAAUUCCCCCUCAACAGUCGUAACAUCCCCUGUAUCGACCGCAUCAAGCCAAGCUCGUCGUCAUGGAGCUGGGGACAAGUCUGCGGGGGUGUCAAACGAGUUUUCCCACGACCCGCGCUACGCCAAAGCCUUCUCUCCAGAACUCGAGGCCGAUGAAGAAGACGUCGAUUUUUCAGCAGAGAGUCUGUUUGGCCAAGUCGGGAGGGACGUCUUGCGCCUCUUGAGGACGUCGAUGCAGAGUCUUGUUUUAUCGAUCCCUCACAACGCUGAACUCGUCCUCGAUGAUACCGAUAUUGGUCGGCGAGUCGAUCCUUCGACAGAUGAGGGUUCGUGUUUGCGACCGAAUCGACAAUCAAGUGAGGAAAGGGUCCCCGAGGCGGACGAGGAUGAGUCGUAUCUGCAUUUGCAGCCAUCGACUCGACAGGGGUUAUCAACAACGAUGCCGACGAGUGACGACGCGCCCACUCUGGCCAGGUACGAUUCCCCGAGCCCAAUCGAGAGUCAGUACGAGAGCUCGAAUGGGGAUGGGAGGAUGACUAAGAAGAGAAAGAAUCCUUUGGGGUCGAUCUCGAUUGGGGAGGAGGAGGAGGAUGAGGAGAGGGAACGCGAGGAUGGGUCGACGAGGGAAGUGAUGGGUGCGGAGGGGUUGACGAGGUAUGAAUCCGCUGGGGGGACGAGAGGGAAGUCUAGAUUAGGUAAGGUCAGCAUGAAGGAAAACGAUUUUAAUAACAUCAUUGGUCCUGACUUACUUCCUGCUCUCUUUGAUCGCACGCUAGUCCCAGCGAAUCCACCGACCACGGCGAAAGCGGCGCUGGCCAAACUGCGCCACCUGCCACCUCGCCUCUCGCGUGACUUUUGGACUCUAGGUCGCCGACGACGCGAAAUUAUGGGCGACCAGAACCACCACCCACCUCUCGAACUACCACCCGUCCCCAUCUUCACGCCUCCUGUUGUCCCUCGUCGAAGCGCACCUCCACCUCUUAAACCAGGUAGCGGGCUCAAAGGGUCGAAAGCGAUCAAAGCCGCUGCCAAAGCCGAAAAGGAACGUCUCAAGGAACAGCAGCGAAUCAAUGCGCUUUUAGGAGGGUCCAAGUUCCGGUUGAUCAAUCUUUGGGAUCCAUUGGGAUUGGAAGAAUCCGCAGCGGCGAUCGAGAGGGCUCGACGGAAGGCGUUGGCGAACGCGCUUCAGGAGUCUGGGGAGAAGAGGGCCGAGGUACCGACUUUGGAAGCGUUCGAUGUGGAUGGAAAGACUCCGCCUUCGAUUGUCAAGAGGUAUCGGGUGCUUAAUGCGGCCAAGGAUCGACUUCGGGUCGCUGAGUUGAAUGCUGCGAAGGCGAGGGAGGAGGAGAAUCUGAGGAGGUUGCAAAAGGAGAAGGAGGAGUUGGUUCGCGAGGUUGAGGGGAGCGAGGCUGCAGCCGCAGCCGGGGCUGAUGCUGUGGUCGACCCGCUUCCCACUACACCUUCUGCACCCCCAUCGGCAUCUGUUCCGACGGCACCUCCUUCUCCCAAGGCCACUCGAUCGACGAAGACUCGCCCAUCGUCACCAUCGGCCACUCGCUCCUGGUCGGCACAACCCCCGCCUCCCUCUGCGGCGCCUGCUGCUGGUAAACCCUCGACUGCGACCACGGUCAUGCCUCUCAGUGCAGAUCGCACGAAUCUCCCCAUCACGAGCCCAACGACUUAUACGACCGAGCCCCCUUCCGCAAUCCCACCUUCGACACGCAAGCCUCGUAAGAAGGGCAAAAAGAAGCGUUCUGCGCACGCCAACGCGCUGAACCCUCACCACCUCAACAACUAUACCCCUUCGCGUAUGCCCAAUCGAUCUUCAUCCGGUGCCGCAGGUUCUUCAUCGCCUCAUACCGACGCCCCUCCAUCCCUUUUGUCCAUCCUAGACGACGAGGUUCAACCUUUAUCCUCCUGGCCCGCCUCGGACCAAGUCAUCUCCCAGGCCUUGCUCACCAUCCGCAAUCGAAGCGCAGGUGACGCAUUGAGGUUCUUCGCUGGACCAGAGGAGGACGUUUGUGCUUUUUGCGAUUAUGAGCUUUGGUUCGGUGGGGAGGGGAAUUUGGAGAGGUCGGUCAGGAGGAGGAAGAAGGUUUUGAAGGUUAGGAAGAAGGCCAAGGAGAGGGCGAGAAAGGCGGCGAAUGGAAAGGUGGCGGCGGCGACGACGACAACAACGACGACGACGAUGGAAGAUCAGGGAGGGGAGAGGGUGGAGUCUGGGAGUGAUGGGCGUGAAGUGGUGGAUGCGGUGGAGUGA